AGAGCGUGGUUCUGUCCGGCAGCCUUUGAAACCUGGUUGCGAGUCACAGGCUGGUGUUCGUGCAGCCAUCAACACAGUGAGAGGCUCAGUCACUACACUGACUGACACACACACACACACACACACACUGAGCCGCCGCUGCAGCAGCAGCAGCAGCAGGAGGAGGGAAGUCCUCUUGGAUGGAGACGCAGCAGAAGUCCCAGCCUGACUCUGACUCUGACUCUGACACGGAGCUCCGACCAGGAAUGCAUCAAGCGUCUGCAGGAAGUGUCUGUCAUUGGUCACUGGUCUCUUCAGAUGCAGGACAGUGAGCGGGAACCAUGACGAACCCCAACAGCAGCAUCUUCACCUCCAACCUGAGUGAAGCUCUGAACGAGCCUGACUCUGGGGGAAACAUCUACAGACCCUUCUCCGUCUUCAGCGUCCUCACGCUCACCCUGCUGGCCAUGCUGGUGGCGGCCACCUUUGUCUGGAACCUCCUGGUCUUGGUGACCAUCCUGAGGGUGAGGACGUUCCACAGGGUUCCUCAUAACCUGGUGGCGUCCAUGGCCAUCUCUGAUGUGAUGGUGGCCGCGCUGGUCAUGCCUCUGAGUCUGAUCCACGAGCUGAACGGCCGGCUGUGGAAACUGGGCCGCGUGCUCUGCCAGGUGUGGAUCUCCUUCGACGUGCUCUGCUGCACGGCCAGCAUCUGGAACGUGACCGCCAUCGCUCUGGACCGCUACUGGUCCAUCACCAGGCAUCUGGAGUACACGCUGAAGACACGCAAGAAGAUCUCCAAUGUGAUGAUUGCCCUCACGUGGCUGCUGUCCUCCAUUAUCUCCCUGUCGCCCCUCUUCGGCUGGGGGGAGACCUACUCGGAGGGCAUGAAGUGUCAGGUGAGCCAGGAGCCGUCCUACACCAUCUUCUCCACCUUCGGAGCCUUCUACCUGCCGCUCUGCGUGGUGCUGUUCGUCUACUGGAAGAUCUACAAGGCUGCAAAGUUCCGGAUCGGUUCCCGGAAGAACAACACCAUCACACCCAUGGCUGAGGUCAAAGAGGAGACACAGCAGCCACAGAUGGUGUUUACGGUGCGCCACGCCACCGUGACCUUCCAGACGGACGGGGACACGUGGCGUGAGCAGAAGGAGAAGAAGGCGGCGCUGAUGGUGGGCAUUUUGAUCGGUGUGUUCGUGCUGUGUUGGAUUCCCUUCUUCAUCACGGAGCUCAUCGUGCCGCUGUGCUCCUGCGACAUCCCGCCCGUCUGGAAGAGCAUCUUCCUGUGGCUGGGCUAUUCCAACUCCUUCUUCAACCCCCUGAUAUACACCGCCUUCAACAAGAACUACAACAACGCCCUGAGGAACCUCUUCUCCUGGCAGCGCUGAGCCCUCCAUCAUAGAUCAGAUUAGAUUAGAUCAUAUCAGAUUAGAUC